AUGCUGGAGAAAACGUUUUCCACUUUCCCUGCCUCAAGUAUGCUUCUGCAGCAAUACCGAGAAAUAGGAUUUAAAAAAUAUUCCGAAUUAAUUUCACAUCUCCUUGUUGCUGAACAACAUAAUGACUUACUGAUGAAAAACCAUGAAAGUCGACCUACUGGUUCUAUGCCAUUUUCUGAAGUAAAUACGGCAAAUUUUCACCAAUCUAGGCGUGAAAAAGGUCGUGGCCCCAGUCGUGGCCAUGGACGUGGUCGACGAAGAAAUUUCAAUCAUGGUGAUCGUCUUGCACUAAAUAAUAACCUUCAAUACCAGCAGUGUAAAAAGAAGAAUGAAAAACAUGACGUAGUGCAGAAGAAAAAUUCAGACAACAAAUGUUAUCGAUGUGGAGGAAAAGGACAUUGCUCACGUACCUGUCGUACGCCAAGGCAUCUUGUUGAGUUAUAUCAAGCUUCCCUGAAGGAGGUGAAAAAUCACGCUGAAGCCAACUUUAUCACGGAAGAUACUGUUGAACCCAUGCAUCUAGAUGUAGCGGAUUUCAUUGAGAAUCCCGAAGGAAAGAUAGAUCACCUGAUAGGUGAUGGAUCUGUGAUAAUGUAA